GUCCUUCUUCAGAUGGGUUUCACAUUCUUCACCCUGCUCUCUCUCAGGAGUUAGCUGUCCUUCCUCACAGCCCUGUUACCUUGGAGUGUGUGGUGAGUGGCGUCCCAGCCUCACGAGUGUACUGGCUGAAGGAUGGUCAGGACGCUGUGUCAGGAAGCAACUGGAGGAGGCUGUACUCUCAUCUUGUCACGACUAGCAUCGACCCAGUGGACUCUGGGAACUAUUCCUGUGUGGUGGGCAACAAGUCCGGAGAUAUCAAACACGCCACUUACGUGGUUAAUGUGCUGGAGCAUGCAUCAAUUUCUAAAGGACUACAUGAUCAGAAGGUGUCUCUGGGAGCCACCGUACAUUUCACCUGUGAUGUUCAUGGGAACCCAGCUCCCAACCGUACCUGGUUUCAUAAUGCACAGCCUAUUCACCCCUCCUCGCGGCAUCUAACCGAAGGGAAUGGACUGAAGAUCACUGGGGUUACCAUGGAAGAUUCUGGGCUGUAUCAGUGUAUAGCCGACAAUGGGAUUGGAUUUAUGCAGUCCACUGGAAGACUUCAAAUUGAACAAG